AUGGGACUGGGCAAGGAUGUCGUCAUUGUCGACAGCAGCAUAGUGGAGUGCUGUAUAUGCUACACCAACAACUUUACAAAGUCAUUCUGUUGUGACUACUGCGACUUCUGGACAUGCGAGUCCUGUCUGUUGCCAUCGACCAAGACUUGUCCAAAGUGCAAGCGACAAUGGCCAAAGAACCCGAGGAGGAACUAUACUGUGGAGAAGUUGAUUGAUGAAGCGAAUCAGAUGUGUUGCAACUAUGUCGAUGGGUGCGGCGAGACAUUCGCGAUGAAGGAUACAAAGAAGAAGGAGCAUGAGGAACAUUGUCAGCAUCGCAAGGGACCGUGUCCACUCAGCAAGAUACUGGGAUGCGCAGCCCAGACGUCGAUGCUGCCCAAGGACAUUGAGAAGCACUUCACCGAGCAUCAUCGAUUGGACUCGGUGUACCUGCACGAUCAGGAGCGCGAGACAGAGUUCUUCCGCAUGACGAUGAUGUCGCCGCUGCCCAAGGGCACCGAGACCUCGUGCCUGCUGCUCAAGCAGGAGGAGCACACCAUCAUCUUUGUGUCGACGGGCGAGGGCGUCUACCGCAGCUUCCUCUUCCUGUUUGUGACGCCGCCGCCCAAGAAGUACCAGAUCCGCGUCUAUGGCUCGGGCAGUGCGAUGAUCAAGAUCAAUGACAAGCCGCAGAUAUGGGCCGAUAUCUGCGAGACGCUGCCGCUGGUCAGCUUCACGAUAACGCAGCAACAGUACCUCAAGUGGAGCCACUCCUCGUCGAACCGAUCGUUUACCAUCCAUCUGCGGGUGGCUGAGGAGGACGACGAAGAGGACGACGAUGAGGACGACGAAGAAGAAGACGACGAAGAGGACGAGGACGAAGACGAUGACGAAGACGACGACUCUAGCAACGACGAGGCGGGUUCCUCACUCAAGCGAAGCACUGGCAUCGACAAAGACGAUGGAGACAAGCAGCGUUACUUGAAGAAGUUGAAAGUAAAGUGA